AUGGAGAAUGGGCUACCCGAUUUGGCGGCAAUAGCACCAAUAGACAAAAGCACGUGCAAUGCAAGUUCCUCAUGUGGCGGUGUCCCUCCUUCUUUCGACCUUCUUCCUUCUCUAUUUUUUGAGACUGAUGUUGAGGCCAGCCUCACCAAGCUCCAACGCGAAGACUUCGAAUACUACAUGCAAAUCUAUUCCAUAAUCCUUGGUCGGAACAACAAGAAAUCAACUGUCGACGUCGACCUCGCCAGCCUCGGCAGCAACAUGAACCCUCCCGUCAAGCUUGACUCCCAAGACCUUCUUCUCCAAAUUGGCGACAAGAAAUUCUACCUCCUCCUUAAUGUUUGCAACAUCCUUGGAGGUUCUCUGCCUGUCACAUCCCUCACGCUCCUCCACCCCUUCCGUCGUCCGCUACACAUCUGCCCUCUGCAUGGGUUGCGCUACCUCCACCGCCGCAUCACUCUUCCAAGAAGGGGUGGGGUUGGGCGUCGAGUGAUUAUUUGGACGAUGACGAGGAAGACAAGAACAACAUUGUUACUGCAAGUGCUAGCAAGAAAUUACGGAGAGAAGAGCAUGAGAUGUUUGGAUAUGAUGGAUCGAGAGGAAAGAUAG